AUGUCAUCGAGCGGAGCGAGCGCGAGCGCGGCGACCAUGCAGCGGCACCAGGAGCAGCGGCGCGCUGACACGAGCGCGCUCGCCGAUGCGGCGAGGGGGCAGAGGCAGAUGCCCGAGCUGCCGCCGUACGUGCCAGAAUUCGACCUCGCGUUCAUGUCUCAGAUGCUGGGCGGUGGAGCCGUCCGGUCGGAAGCAGAAGACACAGCCACUGGCGACGACGAGACGAUCGUGCAGGAGGCCGCCGUCGACAUUGCCCUCCAGCUUUUGACGGAUGGCGAGGGGCUGCAGGCGCUGCACGCAUCUGAUGAACCGAGCGCAGAGAGGGUUGCACUGGAGGGCGCCGACAACGCGCUUGCAAACUCGCGUGCGACGGUCAAUCAGCUUUACGAACUGGUCAGGGCGAGCGAGGGAGGAGCGGCGGUUCGCCGCAUGGGCGAGGCGCGCAAGGCGCCCUCUCUGAAGACGCAGAACUGCGUGGAGAAGCCGAACCAGCUCGAAUUCAUCCAGGGCCGGGGAGCUAAGAAGCGCACGCAGCGGGCCGGAUGA